AUGCAACCAAAUUCAAUUAGUUCUCCUAAAUUUAAAGUGAGUCGUUUCAAUCCUCAUCGAGAACAUUUGAAAACGUAAAUCGCACACACUUCUUUAUUAACUUUAAAACCUAGGGCAUCGUUGCCUAAGAUUCAAAAAAAUAGUUCUUAAAUAUCAUAGAGAAGUGAAAUUCCUCUAUUAAAAAUGUAAUCUAUGGGUUCGCCUUUAAGUCAGAGUUACCUUUUAGAAAUGGAAAAAGUUUAUUGUGUUUGGCACAGCGAAACUGGUAUAGUUGGAGGAGAAUAGAAAGUAUUUAAUCCUUAGCAUGUUAGAAACAUAAUUAAGAUGCUCUUAUAGUAUAGAACGUGAACGAUUAUUAAUUGUUUAUGGUAUGUGAUGGUCAUGGAAACUCAGGACAUUUAGUAUCAAAUUAUGUGUUGAAUACGUUGAUUCAGUAGAUUGAACAAGGAAUGUAAAGAAAUCAAUACAUGUUACAAUACAAUACUUAAUUACAUAAGACAGUAAUAAAAGGAGCAUUUGCAAAAACGUCUAGUUUAUUGGAACAGAGUUCUUUGCCAAUAAUUAGAAGUGGAUGUACAUGUAACUUGGUUUUGUUACUAUAAUAAAAUAUAGUACCAGCAGAUUUAGGAGAUUUUCAGUAGGAAUUUUAGAAGGAAUCAGUAAUAUAUUGUGCAAAUGUUGGUGAUAGUAGAGCCAUGAUGGUAAGUAAAGGAGUCAGAGGAGGGUUAAUAACAAAUUAAUUGAGUAUGGAUCAUAGAUUAGAUGUUGUAGAAGAAAGGAAUAGAAUAAAAUAGAAGGGUGGUACUAUAGCUUAAUUGCAACAUAAUGGUUAAUCAGUAGGUCCAUAUAGAGUAUGGUUAGAUGAAAUGUAAGGAUCAGGUUUAGCAAUGUCAAGAAGUUUUGGAGAUACUUAAAUGUAAUCAGUAGGUGUUACAUCAGAACCAACAAUAUAUGAAUCAAAGGUAAGAUCAUAAGAUUUGUUUAUGGUAAUUGCAUCUGAUGGUGUUUGGGAAUAUAUGACUAAUCAAUAAGUGGCUAAAUUAAUUUAUGAGAAAUAUGAGCAGUAAGAUCAGGCAGCAUAAUAUUUGGUAUCAUAGGCUUAGUAAUAAUGGAAGGAGAAUGAUGUAGUAGUAGAUGAUAUUAGUUGUAUUGUUGUGUUUUUUAAUUAAUCAUUAUGA